AUCUGUUUGAGUGCUGUGAGAGAAAUAGAUUUUAUGUCGGUGUCCUCAAGAAAUGAUCCAAGGAAAAAAAACGAUCCAAAUCCUGAAAUCUAAACAAUCCAAAAAUCAAACAAGAUCCCACUAACAAGAUCCCAAGAAAAAUGAAAGAUCCAAAACCAUGACCCUGAGAGUAGAUAUGAGACGUUUCAUCUUGUCGGUCAGGUCUAAGAACAUACAACAUCUUGUGGAUUUUUGACGAGUUGAUUUAUUGGUCGAAAGCAGACCUAUCUGUUGGAAGAGACCCGUGUGUCAGUGUAGGUGUGUAGCAUCGGUAUCUUAGUUCCUGCUCAGUAGCAGUUCUUGGUUGCCAACCAGCGUCCACCUUCCACCUUUCAUUGAGUUUGAAAUCGUUCAGUGGUUGUGGAUUAACAAGCCUUCGUUUGUUUUCCCCUGCCUCUUUUUGCAACAACCCUUCAUUGAGCGUGUUUACUGAAGUGUUUACUGAGGUGUCGUAAUGAAACCAAGAUAUUGAGUAAUUUAAUACUGAUUGAAUAUUGUUCAUAUUGCGUAGAAUUAUAUCAAGACAAAUAAAUUGACGAGAAGUAGUACUAGAUUCAACACAUUCAGAUAAUCAGUAGAUAGUAGGAACAAGUGUUCCACUUUUAAUUUUGUUCAACAACUAAAAAAUCUUCUCAAAUACAAAUUCGAUCACCCAUUCACGAAGGGGAAGAUGUCGUCUCUCGGCGGCCAGCCCGUCCCGGCUCUGCCGUUCACAAUCUACAAGGGGUUAACGGACAACGAGUUCAAGUUCACCGAUUCCGAGCGCCGUUUGAUCUGGCGCAAACUGAAUGCUCCCAAGCAGCAGUUGACCACCGUUGCCGCCAUUCGUCGUGGGUUGGAUCAAGUAUAUUUAAGGCUAUACCUAAUACAUCCUUGGACGCAUCCUUGAAACUACGUAUGGAGGAGUAUCCACCUAAGGGAAUAAUACUCUCCCAUAGUUGUACUUUUCAAGGAUGCACUUCUUGAAAGAUGAAUUACGGACAGCUCCUCUAAUAUAUGGGAGAAGUGCGACUCCUUCGUCCGCCUCCACAUCUACCGAAAAGUGGACCAACGUGGAUGCAGAACUCGGCAAUGACACCGUGAAUUCUACUUCCACCGUUGAGGUGCUGUUCGAAGAUGACGAUGCUUUUGUGGAAUCGGGUACGAAUCCGGAAUGCGUGCAGUUCUCUUGGCUUUUGAGGGAAAUGCUCGCUAGGAAGCAGAUGGCAGAUGAUCAGAAGGAGAAGUCUACGAUGUUGACCAGCCCCUACGCAAUCCGCUUUGUCGAUUUAGAACGCCCUAACGAAAAGGGAGGCUUUGGACCACGCGAAAUCGCGUUGUCGCGCGAUUGCGCAGUGUCGUUAGCGGAGAUCCUGGAGACUAAACGGUUCAAACGGUUGGUCGCUUUGCCACGGAAGAUUCCGGAAAUCGUCUUUCACGAAAAUGAUACGCCGUACUUUUUAUUUUACUUCGAUGUUCAUCUUGAAGAUCAAGGACCUUCAUCUACUUGGUCGUUUCUUUAAUAGGUGUAGUAGACCUACUUAGAUCUCCUGACAAUGACGUCAUCGUAUAUGAUCAAUGAGAAUGAAUGAUUUUCUACUUCAUCAGGCACAUCAAUCAGUCAAUCAAUCAAUCUAGUUCUUGAUGCAGUUGUAUCCACUAUUUGAUAGAUUUGAUACAUACUCUUACUUCUCCCAGGAGAACAAGUGAAUACAUAUACAAGCAGAAAAAUCGUAACUCUCGUCUUCACAGGGGUGUUUUCGUCGACACUGACGCUGUUCUUGGAGAGAAAAGUUGGCAUCGUGCUACUUCCGAAAUCGUCGCUCAGUUCCGAAGAGAGUGCGGCUUCCCUUCUCGCUUCAUGCCGACUUUGGUUGGCGUCAACUCGGCUUCUCUCGCGUCGCCGCGUUGCAGUGGCGAUGAGAUGAUGUCGCCGGUCAACUCGCCUUCCCACUCGUCCAGCGGUGGUGGCCAUAACAUGACCUCCCGUCAGGUCUACAAAUGUGAAGAUUUGAUUUCUGGGAAGCCGAUUAGUGCAGCGAACCCGUCUUUGGUCAGUGGAUUGGUGCAUUUCCGGGAAUUGUGGAUUCUAUACACGUUGUCGCAUCCAGCUGCAGCAGCUUUGAUUGCAGACAUCGUGCUUGCCAACAUGCGCAAAAUGACCACACCGACCGCGGAACGCAACCGCCGCAUGCUCAAUGUGCCCAUGCUGCCUCGUUCUUUGGAGUCCAAGCACAUUGCGCGUCGCUUGGCUCUGGAACAUGACAAGGGCGUUCUGGUCCUCCUGCACAACGCGAACGUGUUCUACGUCGACCACGACCGAGCUAACAAAUUGCCAAGUUUGAGCCCAUUACUUGGUCCGGCUGGCAAAAGUGGCACUGGUGUUGCAGUUCCGUCGAAUCCGCUCAUGAGCUCUCACAGCGAAAAGCCCAUCCACGACCAUCAAGAAUUUGAGAAAGACGGCACGCAUUACAUGAGCGACUACUUGCAUAAGGAGAAGCGCUUUUUUUUAUUUGCUGACGGCGAGACGAUCACGCACACUGCUGACCGCACGAUUACGGCGCAAGCUCGAGGUGGAGCUGAGAUCGACAUCACGGUGGAGCACGACGUUUCGGUGGAUGUGCUGCCGGAUGGAGAGAGGAUCACCAAAGAUCAUGUGAAGGCUAGGGUACUACUUACUUUGAAGAUUUACGAGGACAAGGAAAUUAUGCCUUUUGGUUACAACUUACUUCACUGUAGAUGCGGGCUAGUAUACGAAUUCACGUUCUUCCUCCUUCUCCUUGUUCUAUCGUAUUCUAAUCCAUAUUUCCCACUUAUUAUACAUAGAUACUUUGCACCUCCUCAUUUUCUUUUUCACAUGAUUAUGAGAAGAAAAAUGACAACUCACCCGAUGAUGCAACAGAUGCACCGCGAGAUGUUGGUCAAAAGCGAGAACGGUUUCAUGUUGUACACGGAAACGGACACUGAGUCGCAUGACGAGAUUCGCGAUGAGCUGCCUUUGGUCCGCAUCCAGUUUUCCGAUCGUACCCUUCUACGCAUCGCCAACUACAACGACUGGCACCGUGGCCAUCCGCCUAAGAACAUGCUUCGACGCUCGUUGGACCUGGAACGUUACGCUCGUGACGGCGGCAAGCGCUUUUUGAAGGAGUACUUCGGAGCUGAGAAGUUGCUGAGCCAUCAGGCGUUGCCGAUUUCUCCCGAGAUGAGCGCACACAAGAUGCAGGUGUAUUCGCCUACAACUAAGGAUGGUAAGAAGGCAGGAGGUGCGAACCAGAUUCAUGCUGCCGAGAACUCCAAAUACUACCGUGCCUACGAAUGUCUUGCAACUUACACCGUUCCGGAGCCAGCCGCAGGCGACGUUCCGCAUCGUGGAUUCCACGUGGCUCAGAAGUUUGUGCUUCUCGACAACCCAUGGAAGUUUGCAGUUGCUCUCGGUCACGUCGAUUUGCUGCGUCGUUUGGUUGCGCAGUUUCCGGAUUACUCGCCUGAAGCGUGUUUGGAUGGCAGUCGUGUUUACGACUUGCUCUUUUCGGAACAAGCCAGCCGCUUCGGAUUUCACGCUGUCCACACUUCGCGCAAAGUGAAGGGUCAAAUGCUCGAAAUUUUGCUUGCCCAUCCUUUGGCGAACCCGCACUGGCUGUUGCACAUGCUGUUGGUCUGCUUCCACGAACAAGCCGGAAGCUGGGCAGCGAUGCGCGAACUGCCGACCGACUACGUGAAUGUCCUCCUCAACUGCGCUCUCACUUCUGCGCGUCAGCGUGGCGUCAAGAGUGAGCUGUUUUUGACGUACAUUCGGCAGGAAUUGAGCUGUGUGCAGAAGAUGGCUGAAGUCAUGCGCCGUCUGGAACAGGAGAAAUACGGCUUCUUCGGUUCGACGAGCAGCAAAAACAACAAUGUUCUCUUUACACAAGAACAAGGGAAGAACAGUUCUUCUAAGAUCACAGUUACUGCUCCACCCGCGAGUCCGAACAGCAAGAAACUCGAUCUCUCGAUCGUUUCUCCGGAAGUUCAAGCCCUGGAAGAACGUCAAAGCUACCUGGUUCAUCUGCAAGACCAUUUACAAUGGGGUCUGCACCGAUUGCUCGACUACAAGGACUACCAAGGCCACAAGUUCAACGUAAACGGAGCAGUUGCGUUGCCGGAUGCAAACUUGAGAGAGAUUUCUCUGUUGUCGGUGUGCGCAGUCCAACAUUUGGACCCAGUCAGAGAACAAAUGACAACCAUCAAAGCGCGAUACGGACCGAAUACAAUGCGAGUGCCGCGAAUUUGGCCGACGGGAGCGAAGGGGGCGGUAUUUCUGAUCAAAAUAUAAACUGACUUCAAUCUUUCUGGUCUCUGCUUCAUGUUCUUGAUUCUCUGUUGAGCUUGAGAUGAAGAAUGUUCUUGCUCCAACAUGGUGCUCUUCUCCUUCUAAAUACUUUCUUAGAAACAACCACUUUUCAGCUCGAUCCCUAGGCUUAUCCCUUCAAACAAUACUUAGAAGUCAGACUUCUAAGUAUUGUUUGAAGGGAUAAUUUUUUGAUCGUGCCAGCAUCAGGAGCACUAUAGUCUUCACAUAAAUAUUAUUUAUCACAAACUUCUACAUCACUACAGCUCGGCAACGAAAACGACACUCGGACUCUGGACCAUCGCAUCUUCUGGAAGCCUUUGUUCAUGCUGAUGAACCGUGACGACAUCGAUGUGAACGCCUACUCUGCAAAUGGCAAAACUGCGCUUCACCUUGCUAUCGAACUCGGUAACGUCGAAGGUGUGGAACUGUUGCUGCAACACCCUGGUGUCAACAUCGGACUCAAGAUUCAGGCGCCGGAAACGAUUCUGGCUUCCGAACAGGGGAAGAAGAACAAGAAAGGCAGUGCGUCGAGUUCGAGCUCUGGAGUUGCGUCAAUUGGUGCGGGAAAACCAGCUCUCCAACUCGCCUUAGACCAGGCUGAAAGGAAGGGUCUCACUCCGCACGAAAAGCAGCGUCGUGAAUUGAUCGUAGACAUUCUUCUCUUGGAUUCUCGUUUUUCCGCGUCGAAUGUGUCGUCCAAGACGGUGCUGGCACGUAUGUCUCGUGCUCGCGCAGAUCAAAAAGAGGCGCUGAAAGCUGCAGCCGCAGCAAUGAAGGUGAAUGCAGCAGCCAACGGCGCAGGAGGACACCAGGCUUCCUAUGGCGCCAACAAGAACAACCUGAACUUGAACUUCAAUCUGAACAACAAGCGCAGUUCGAACUCGCCAAGGACGUUGCAGAAGGAAACCUACGCCGGACGCCAGAACGCAAACAUGAAUUCCUCUUUGGUUGUUGGUUCUUCUAUGGGUGCUUUCGGAAUCACCAACAUUUCCUAUGACGUCAACCAGUCCAAGAGCUUCAUCAUGUCAGGUGCUGGUAAGAACAAGAAGCCAAUUAUGGAGUACGCUAUUGCUGACUCGGAUGACUACGAAGAAGACGCUUUCAACUCCAAUUCUUACUACUAUGGUUCUGGACGAGGCUAUGGCUAUGGAGGUUCUACUCGCGCAAAGCGUUUACCCGAUGAAGCCUUGGAGAAAGGCAGAUUGCCAGAUGAAGCAUUAGAGAAGGGCUUGUUACCUGAUGCGGCGCUUGAAGACUUCUACGGCAAAGGCUAUGGAGGAUCUUCGAUGAAGAAGAUGAGAAUGUCUUCUAGUUCUAGUGCGAUGAAAGCGGCUCCUCCAAUGAAAAUUCCUAUGAAGAUGGCUAGUAUGAAGAUGGCGAGCAGCAUGAAGAAAGCUACCCCUGCUCCGCAGAAGGUGAGUAUGAAAAAAGCAGCAGCACCAGUGGUCAAGAAGCCAGCACGAGUAAAGAAGCCAGCAGCAAUGAAGAAAUCAGUCAUGAAAGCAGCUCCGAAACCAAUGAAGAGCGCAAUGAAAAUAGAAUCCAUGAAGAAAGCAGUCAUGAAAGCAGCUCCGAAACCAAUGAAGAGCGCAAUGAAGAUGGCGAUGAAGAUGGCUGUAGCUCCGAAACCGAUGAAUGCGUCCAUGAAGAAGAUGCUUGUCAAACCAGCUCCUCCAGCAAUGAAGUCCAUGAAGAAAGCCGCAUCAGCACCGAUGAAGAAGUCCUCUAUGAAAAAGCCAGUGAAGAAAGCCGCAUCAGCACCGAUGAAGAAGUCUAUGAAAAAGCCAGUGAAGAAGGUUGCAGCUCCGAUGAAGAAGUCUAUGAAAAAGGCACUUCCGCCAGACUACCUCAAAAGGCUGUUUGACAAGGCGGAUAGAGAUCAUGACGGACAUGUGGAUCUGAAAGAGUUUUUAGCCGUGGCGCAAGGCGGUUCAGAGAAGCGGCUAUUGACUGCGCAUACUAGUAAAGUGAAGUCACCGGCGAAAAUGGGGAAGAAGUAAGAUCGAAUUUGAUGAAGUUUUAGUUUAUAAGAUUUACGUAGUAGAGAUGGUAGAAGUGGUACCAGUAGUACCGCAGCAUUUUGAUUUUCGUCUUUUGCACAGAUGAUGAACCUGAAUUUCUUAUGGCACAAAGAGAACCAGUAUACGGUACUAUCUCAUCAAUAUCGCUGCGCCGCUGUCUGUGGCAAAUGCAAACAUCAAGAAUAACAUUUUGUAAAUCCAUCAACUAAAAACAUAAAUACGUUGCAAGUAGAUAUCCUCAUAAAUCCAUCAUAUCCUGUGGACUAGAGAUAGACUCCAAGAAAUCAAGAACAAGAAAAUGAGAAAUAUACUAGUUUGUAAAAGAACACAGACUUUUUAAAGGGUACUUCGUGCCUUGGAGGUCAUGUUUCCCGUAUACUUCUUAGAGUUUUUUGUUCAUCCAAAAUUUCUUUACAGCAUGGCAUAGAACAAGCUACUUGCAGAUUCGCAGUUUGUUAGAAGAGGUACAAUUUUCCAUUCACAAAAGUCAAAGAAAGCCAAAAUUCUUCAUUGUAGCUAUUCUUCUCUAUGUAAAGGCGAACUAACUACAAGAUCUUGUUAAACGACAUGCGUGAAAGUGGUGUGAACAUCAUUCAGCACGUUAAUUCAUUCAAGAUAAACACGCACAGUCUUAUUCUUGACAACUUCGGUUUCUACUCUUCAAUAAAUGAAAUUCAAUAUCUGCCUUCAAUCACGUGAGGUGAAUCAA